GUGAGGUAUAAGGAGGGAAAAUAUAAACAUUCUGUCAGCGCCCUUGCUAGCUAUUUCUUUCUGUCGCCUACAGGUGUAUUUGAAGCGAAAAUCGACAUAGUAUUUUGUCCAGAGCGAGAAAAUGCAGAGGAUCUCCCGUCUGAAGCGCGAGUUACAGCUGCUUAGCAUGGAGCCUUCACCGGGGAUCACUUGCUGGCAGACCGAGGGGAAGAUGGACGAGCUCCGGGCCCAAAUAGUGGGCGGAGCUGGGACUCCGUUUGAAGGAGGAGUCUUCUCACUGGAGAUCAUAGUUCCAGACAGGUAUCCCUUUGAGCCCCCUAAGAUGAGAUUCCUGACCCCCAUCUACCACCCCAACAUAGACAACAAUGGUCGCAUCUGUCACGACGCCCUCAAACUACCACCCAGGGGUGCGUGGAAACCUUCCCUGAACAUCUCCACAGUGCUCACCUCCAUACAGCUGCUGAUGGCUGAACCCAACCUUGACGACCCACUCAUGGCUGACAUAUCAUCAGAGUUGAAGUACAGCAAGCAGGUAUAUCUGGAGAAGGCCAAGAGGUGGACAGAGAAACACGCUGUACAGAACAACAAGGGUGGUGUGGUGGAGACCGUGGACAGUGUAGAAGCUCAGGUCCAGCCGUCGGCCCUCAAGAGAGAAGCUCAGGACAAGACAGAGGAACACCCCAAGAGAACGUGUCUGUAGCAUGUCACACAUUUUGUGCUCUGUCCUGUUGUGUUGGGAACAGUAAUUACUUCUCUUUGUCUUUAAGUGUUUGAGAUUUUCCCUUUUUAUAUAGUUAUGUAUAGACUAAGGCUGGGAUUCAUUCAUAGCAAUGUUUAGGCAGUGUCUUUAUUUACCGUGUUCAGCUCACACACUUGUAAUUCUGAGGAGUGAAAGCAUACCUGUUGAGAGGGGUCGACCUGGUAGUAGUUGUCGAUUUUAAUACAGUACCCAGGUCCAUUAUGGGACUUAAUUUGACCGUUGGAAAAAGAGCUGCUGUGGAAAUAAUGUCAUGCUGCUUACUCCAAUUAGAUUCUUCUUUUCUUAUUAAAAUAUGUUUUGAAGCUAA